AUGACUCUGGUGCUGCCCCUGAGCAGCUUCUGCGAGCCCAUUGUCUCUUCCGAAGGAGCCGGCGAGUUCCAGCCGCUGUGGGAAGCGCACUGUUGCAGCAAGAGCAGCCCCGCCUCGGAUGCCGCCGCCGCCGCCGCCAGCAGCAGCAGCAGCAGCAGCAGCAGCAGCACCGCCCAGGGGCAGGCGCAACAGCAGCCGCCGCCGCCGCAGGGCAGCGACGGCCGGACCCCGGCUGCUUCACUACACCACAGAGGAAAUCCAAACCCUAUAGCACCAUCUAAGAUCACAUAUUUUAAAAGAAAGUAUGUGGAAGAAGAAGAUUUUCAUCCACCACUCAGUAACUGUACACCCAAAACAAUCUCUGUAUUUGAGGAGCGGGCACAUAUUCUGUACAUGUCUUUGGAAAAACUGAAGUACAUUGAUGACCCUGAAGUCUACCUAAGGAGAUCUGUUCUCAUAAACAAUUUAAUGAAAAGAAUUCAUGGAGAGAUUAUCAUGCAAAACAACUGGUGUUUUCCUACUUGCUCUUUUGGAGGUACUUCAAGUCAAGAGUGGUUCAUGCCUCAUGACUGUCCUUAUAGGAAGCGUCUUCGGAUGGCACGGGAGGACUCUGAAAAGAUCCACACAUGCUGUUUUUAUCAAGAAUGUGGCAGCCAUUAUCUAAGUCUACCAUUAUCUACUAAUUCUGCAGUGGGGAAUUCCACUGCUUCUGUGUCUUUACCAAGUUGUUCCCAACAAGUGGAAUAUGGUAGCAACAGUUCCCCAGUUUAUAGGAGUGAUGAACAUAUACAUGCCAAUGAAAUUUUCAUUACAAAUGCUGGGCCACAUGGUAAUCAGGACAAGUCAAUAUUCAGUAAUGAGAAAGGAGGCCAAGAUAUGGAUGGAGAACAUGCUUCAGACUGGGAUUCUUUGAAAAGUGAUCAUGCCAUAGAAUGUAAAAACAAAUAUUACAAUUAUUUUGAGAUGGGUCACGAUGACAAGAGCAACAUGAAUGAAUCUUGGAAGAAAUGUUUACGAAAAAAGGAGUGUUUACCAGGUAGCAAAAUUUGUUGCAGUAAAGGAAAUAAAAUAUGAGCCAUCUUCUGAAUAAUUUCAGUUUAGAAGCAAGCACAGUGUUGACAUUAUCAGAAAAAAAUCAGUUUGGAUCAAUUUUCUUAUGCUUUCAUAGAACUAGUACAAUUGUGUCAUAAGCUUCAUGAAUACUUUCAGUGACUGUGGAGCAGAUUCUAUCAAAGCGUAUGUAUGGUCUGCAUCAUGAGCUAUUUAUAAAUACAUGGGAUCCUGAUAAAGAGCACAGUUGCACUGUAUACUUCCAUUGCUAGAAGAACCAAUAAACCAGAUGGAAAAAACACAAUUCCUUUCAUGUAUCCCUUUGGGAACUUAGCAUGAAUUAAGAGGAAUCUUCUUUAUGCUUAUCAAUUAAUUAUACAUUUGAUAAGCAGAUUGUUACCAGCGAAAGGAAGAAUACAUUUUGCCCAUCAAAAUGGCUUUGAAAAAGACUGCAUAGAAAUAAAAAUGGAAUAGGCCCACUUUAUGGUCCAGAAGUGACAUUAUUCUAAUGUAUUUAAGUCUGGUUUUAUUGAUAGGGUACAAUGCCCCCUUUUUAUGGAGACUUAAUUUGAAAUACUACAUACAGUUCCAGCACAUGCACAGUUUUCAGCUUAGCUGCAAGAAUGAACAAGCCUUAUAGUGGUUUAUUGCUAUAAUGGUAGAGAUUUUUUGGUGCCUUACUUUUAAUCUUAAUUUUUCCAGGGUGAAAAUUAAGUUUAAGAAAACAGCUACAGCAGGGAUGUAACCUAAACAGGAAAAAAAUAAUAACAGGGUGGAUCAAAUAUUAUUAGAAUUCUGUCUCCUUUGAAAUACAAAGCUUGAUUUCCUAUUCAACUGCCGCUAUUCAUUCUUUUUGCUCGGUCGCUUUUUGAUUUGCCAUUUUAAAGAAAGGAUUGAAGGAAAAAAACAAUAGAGAUGUGUCUCUUGUAAACAAGCAUUAGCUCUUUGAAUAUUUCUAUGGCAACUGUCGGUUGCUUUGAUAUUUUUUCCCCUUUUUAUUUCUAGUAUAAUGAAGUUCAUGAACCAGUGGCAUGCUUUAUAUUUUACUCUGUUUCAUGUCAUUUUCUCUUUUCAGAAAAAUGUAAAGAGCAUGUACUGGGUUUUCAUAUAAUUGUAGGGUUUUUUAUUUUGGAAAAAAGCACAAUGUUAAUAAAUGAUGUGGUGAUAUAAGAUUUUUAUCUGAAA